AUGGAACCAUCUCGCCAAGCAGCCAGCAAAAGCGACACUCAUGUUACGUUUAGACAAGGAUUCCAAGAUACCAACUAUAUCGGGAUUACGAUUGGGGACCAACAGGACGAAGGUGCCAAAUCAAAGACCAUGAACAAAGGUCCACCUCCACCACCUCCACCACAGCAUAUUGGAACACCUUUAGAUUAUCGACAUUCAUUCAAUGGAUUUUCACAACGAACAAAAACAGCAACGAAUACCAAUCGACAACAACAACAACCUUCAUCAACAACAUCCACAUCAUCGUCAUCUUCAUCCUUGUCUCGGCAUGCAUCCAUUAGUCUGCCUGCGAUCAACACCAAUCUACAUCCACCACCUCAACAACAACAUCACAUACCUUCAUUAUCAGCAACAGCAGCCGCUGGUUCACCCAUGUUAUCGCCCCGUUACCCUGGAACACCCACCUAUCAACAACAACAACAAUCCUCGCCUUUGUAUUCACCCUUAAGAUCAGCACCACCAUUAUCACCCAUCUAUAGGCCAACUUCACCUAUAAAAUCCGGUGCCUUUUGGAAAAUCAAAUCAUCGUCAUCGUCAACAUCAUCAUCAUUAUCAUCGCCGUAUCCAUUUAGUCUCCGUGCCGCAGCAACGACGACGACAAGUAGCAGCAGCAGCAGCAAUAACAAACCCCUGCUAGCCAUGACAAGGAAUCUAAGCUUGACCUAUCAGCAAUGCAAUCAGGGAUUCAAGUACAAUUCAGGUCAUAAUCCACGUCGCGUGCUUACCAAACCGAGCAAACCGGCUGCCAAUGAUGGAUACGACAAUGAGGACUUUGAUUACAUCUUGUAUGUCAAUGAUAUCCUGGGUGGUGCUCAAGGACACAAGUAUGUGAUUUUGGAUGUAUUGGGUGCAGGCACCUUUGGUCAGGUUGUCAAGUGCAAAAACAUCAAGACGCAACAAAUUGUGGCUGUCAAGGUGGUCAAGAACAAGACGGCCUAUUCCAAACAAAGCAUGAUGGAGGUGGCCAUCUUGGAAAUGUUGAACAAUCAAUUUGAUCCAGAGGACCAGCAUCACAUUUUACGAUUGAUGGACACCUUUAUUCAUCACAAACAUCUAUGUUUGGUGUUUGAAUUGCUAUCCGUCAACUUGUAUGAGCUCAUCAAGCAAAAUCAGUUUCGUGGAUUAUCGACCAAUUUGGUUCGGGUGUUUACAGCACAAAUCUUGGAUGCAAUGACCGUGUUGAAUGAAGCAAGGAUCAUUCAUUGUGAUCUGAAACCAGAAAACAUCCUUUUGAAAAACCUCGAAUCACCCACGAUCAAAGUCAUUGAUUUUGGCAGUGCAUGUCAUGAAGCACAAACCAUGUACACGUAUAUCCAAUCUCGCUUUUAUCGGUCUCCCGAAGUCUUGGUCGGACUACCAUAUACGAGUGCGAUUGAUAUGUGGUCUCUGGGUUGCAUCGCUACGGAGCUGUUUCUAGGGUUACCAUUGUUUCCUGGUAGCUCGGAAUAUAACCAAGUAUCUCGUAUUGUGGAAAUGCUUGGCGUGCCGCCGAAUUAUAUGAUUGAGAUGGGGAAGAAUGCACAUCGAUACUUUGAAAGAUACAUUGACGAGAAUGGAGAGAAAAAGUAUCGGCUACGAUCAUUGGAGCAGUAUUCUCGAGAGCAGGGCAAAAUGGAACAACCAUCCAAACGAUACUUUUCUGCGAGGACGUUGCCUGAUCUGAUCAAUAAUUAUCCUAUCAUGAGGAAAGCAUCCAUGACAGCCAAGGAGAUUGAAAAGGAGAAACAAAGUCGACUUGCUUUUAUUGAUUUCCUUCAAGGAUUGCUCAAUUUGAAUCAUUUUGAACGAUGGUCACCGCAACAAGCCAAACAACAUCCAUUCAUCACUGGUGAAGAAUUCACUGGUCCAUUUAAGCCUGCUCCCUACACACCUCGCAAACCAGCUCAUUCCCCCAUCAAGAUUCAUCAUCCACCGCCACCUCCACAACCAUCACAGCAACCUACGCUACCAGUGAUUUUGGAUGAAGCAGCAGCAGCAUCAAGUCCAUACAUGGCACCUAUCUCUGAAUAUGAUCAUCCUCAGAAUAACAGCCAUCGCUUCUUUUCUGGAUCAUCAUCAUCCUCAUCAGCAGCAGCAACAACUGCGUAUUCAUCCAGCCUUCCCAAUUAUUACACUCACAAUUCCAUGUUUUUCCCAAUGCGACAAUCGACGAACGAGAAUCAACCAUCAGCAUCCACUUCUUCUUCCUCCAUACAACCUCCACGGUUACUGCAUCAUCGAGGAUCGUAUAAUGGCAUGUCAUUACCAAGGGUAUUAGAACCACCUGAUGGAUUAGCGACAUGUUAUGAAGGGAUGCCUACGACAACAACAACGACUGCCAGUACGACGACAACUACGAGUAGUAAUAGUAUACAAUCUGGCAUCAUGAUACCACCACCUACGACAACAUCAACAACCACUACUACCACCACCACCUCAGCCUCUGGUAGACCACGUGCCAGUACCCUUGGAUCCAUGCAAGUACCACCCCCCAUUCAAUUAGUCUCUGCUGAUGUGGCUGGAGAAUUACCUCUUUUUACGACCCCACGCAAUCAUCACCAUGCAUACCGACAACAUACCCAACAACAAGACUCGUUAUUUUAUCCCUCCUCUUCCUCCAUCAAACAACAUCCGGUGACAGCAGCAGCAGCAGCUAGUGGUGGUAGUAGUGGUCCUUCAAGUGAUUGGGAUUGCUGGGACAAGGUGGAUUUAGAACGUGAUGGUGAUUGGAAAGAACAAGUUCCUCAUAGCAGGCGAUCUUCGUAUCAUAACAACCACCGGAGGAGUAACAGCAGUAUUCAACUUUCCGAUAUGAUGCCUUCAAGAAGUCAUAGCAUGGUACAUAGUUUGCAUCGUCGCGUUCGAGGACAUCCACCACCGUAUGCACGUCAAGAUCUUGAAUGGGACGGGAUCAUUUCUUCUUCUUUUGAGCCUGCCAUGCAUGGUAAUAGUAGUAGUAGUAGUAGUAAUGCUGCUGCUGCUGCUAGUAAUCGUAGUAGUAGGCAACAAAGAUGGAGUCAACAACAUGAAAAGACUGGAUGGACGAUGGCAUGA